UCAGAAAGACCUAAAAAGUUUGCUGUUGAAGCUUCACCGUUUGCUUGCGGAAUUAAGUUGUCGUGGAAAACUCCCAACUCUGGAGGCUGCCCCAUAACACAGUACACUGUUCAUUACAAAGAAUCCAGGGACCCGGUCACUGAAGCCAGUUCAAUCUGGCAAGUACAAAAUUUGAAUAACACAGAUCGUCAUAACCUGAUGACAGACUGCAACAAAGAGUAUAAAAUUAUAGUCUUGGCGUGGAAUGAGCGAGGGCACAGUGACUUCGACGAGGAAUCUGUGCUGACUGUGUUCACGGAUAAAGGUAUUAUCCUGUAAUUUAUAUUAAACAGACUUUGAUAGGGAUCUUUGAUCGUCUCGCGAUAUAGUCCCUUUGUUAUUGAUUGCAGCCUGGUUACUACUGGUCUUCAUCAGGCGAUAGUGACUUGAUUUGUUUUCCGACCAUUAUAUUGAGUAUCCUCCAGGAUCCAUAAGUAGUUUCCUCAAACCCAACAUCAGUAGCCACUCUGAAUGAUAAGCUGAUUCAAAGUCAUAAUGCUACUGAGCAGAGAUUGAGCUCAAGUCAUUUUGACAAUUCAAACAAACGACUGUCCGUAUUGCAUGCAGUGUAUUCCAGGAAAGGGGAUCGCUGAGAUUUUUAUUUUGCACGAUGCAUAGCAUUUAAUAAUAAGUAAGCCAAAAUUGCAUGACAAUUCAAACAAACUACUGUCCGUAUUGCAUGCAGUGUAUUCCAGGAAAGGGGAUCGCUGAGAUUUAUGUUUUUCACGAUGCAUAGCAUUUAAUAAUAAGUAAGCCAAAAUUGCAUGACAAUUCAAACAAACUACUGUCCGUAUUGCAUGCAGUGUAUUCCAGGAAAGGGGAUCGCUGAGAUUUUUAUUUUGCACGGUGUAUAGCAUUUAAAAAUAAGUAAGCCAAAGUUGCAUUAAUGUAGGCAAAAAAAACCUCAGAAUAAAACAAAAAAGGGGCUGCCGGCGUUUUGGUUUUUAGAAAUUCUCGAGAUACACAAGUAUUUAUUUGCUUAUUUAUAUGUAGGAAGAUAAUAAUUAUGGAUGUUUGAAAAGGUCAAAAAGUAACUAAUGUGAAAGCUUUCCUUCUUCUCUGCCCCUUCUUUUUUCCUCCUCUACAAAACCCGAAUCCCGGAUCAAGCCAGUUCAGAUCCCGAAAAACCUAUAAUGAAACAUUUUAUGUCAACCAAGGUUAUUUUAAUAGGGUAAGUUAAAGUGGAGCCAAGUCCUUGGUUUAAUUUCGUCCAUAAUUUCGUCCAUAAAUUUCCAUAAACUUUAAACUGUUGGUUGCUUUUCAAGAUUUGGCAAUGCUAGCUCAGUUUUAAUUUACGAAACCAAAAUAUGAUAAUGAGCUGACACUUUGUGCUCCUUUAAAUGCUCCCUUAUAUUUUUUGUUUUCUAUGGCACAUAUCUCCUCGUACAGGGAAACCUCGUACGCCGUUGCUGAAAGACAUUGUCCCUGAGAAGUGUGGUGUCGUUAAUGUUAGCUGGGAUCCACCACUUGACGAAUCCAAAUCCCGUCCUGUAGCAAGUUACGAGGCCGAAGUAGGACUUGAUAAUUAUACCUGGAAUAAUUGUCUAAAAACUUCCGAGAAACGGAGCUGUCAAUUCAGAGGUCUGCUUAAAGCCGGGAAAUAUCCUGUUCGCGUCCGAGCCCUGAACCCGCAAGGCCCAAGCCUCUGGUCAAAAGGAUUUAUUGCAUUAAAUGCCUCUGGUAUGUUAUGGAAUAACUCGAACCUAGAAAAAAAAAAUCAUCCUUAAUCUCUACAUCGAAUACGAUUCAUUCAGCACUUUCUCGCUGACUGAUUAGCCAGCUAGUGAUAGAAUUUCAUCUUACGCCCCGUUGAAAUUGAGGUAACAUUGCUGGCCCACAACUGAUCCCAAAUGCAACAUUAAUCAAUAAAUGACUGGUCCCGAGGGAAAAAGUUAAUUUUUUUCGCCGAGAAUCUCAAUGUUUCCCGAGGCGGAGCAGUCGUCGGUCUUCGGUCAACAUUCUCGCGUAACAGUGCAGUGUUACACUCUGACUUUGCAACGUUUCCUGCUCAGAGAUUUUGGCGGGGAACAGUUUCAUGGUUACAUGUCAAGUGACUUCGAAUUAACCAAUGAGAGCGCAAGCUGUUGAGAAAAAUUUCCAGCUAUAUAGCAAUGUUGGAUGUGACAUGUUGCUUCCGUUUGCACACCCUGUUUUCCAUCGUUGCGUGUUGUUGGCAUGGGAGUUGUUGCGCAAAGUUUGAAACAGUUGUGUCCGUUUCCAUGUAGCUUUUUAAAAAGGCUAAAAAAGAAACUUAAUAUAAUAGCUCUAAACAUUUACAAGGCAUCAUGAUUCUUGAUCCAAGUUGAAGUCGACCAAGAGCCAUAAUGAGUCGACAAAGUGCCUCCCCAGGAUUGUAGCUACCUGUGAGCCAGGAUUCACGUGCAUACCAAAAGAAAAAAUCCAUGAUAGUCUGAAAAUCUCCGGCCCGAAGGCUUGUAGCAAGCCCAUGUAUCAUGCUUCAUUAAACCCUGAUCCUGAGUUUGUUCCAAAUGGCCAGGAAGGCCCCUGCCGGCCCUCGGCCUUGAAACGGACUGUUCUUCGAGCACAGUUCCUUUCUCUUUUUUUGGCUGAUAAAGGAAGCUACUAUAGGCCUAUUAAACGCGAUUUCGCAAUAGCUGAAGAUACGAGCCUGACUUUGUAUGCAGUGAUAUGGUACUUGAUCACGGAAGCAUUCCAGAGAACAGUCUAAGUGAACAAAAAGUAAUAUAUCACCACUAUUAAGAUUCUUAGUGGACUAAGUUUAAAUUUUAUAUUAAACUACAGAUCGUCCUGAAAUACCGGAAAUAAUCAAUACGGAGACAAGCACGCCUGGCUGUAAUGUCACGUUGAAGUGGGCUAAGCCUCCAUCUAGUGGCUGUCCGAUUCUUUUCUACACUGUACAUUAUUCAAAAGUGGAAUCAGAAGGACUUUUCAGGAAGUGGACCACGAUAAAUACGACAGACGCUGAAGUAAACCAGCUAGAGUUGUCCCUCGACUGUACAACAUCUUACGAAUUUAAGGUAAAAGCCUGGAACGCGCUUGGAAGCAGCGAGACUGACCCAAAUGCAUGGCCAAUAAGGACGGGAGGUAAUCCUGAACCUUGGAGCAGUCCGUCAUCAGGUAUAGAUAGCCAGUUUUAUGAAUUGUCAGUGACUUACAACAGUUACAACAAUUAAAUGUGGUCAGUUUGAACAGUCAAAUGUGAUUGAAACUUCUUCUUAUCAUUCAGCUCUAAGGAGGUCCGAAAGUUGCUUAAUCUCCGUUUGUGUCGACGUCUUUACAUGUAGGGCUUCCGCAAGACGAUAACCGGAAUCUUUUCAUCAUCGUUGCCUGUGUGGUGUCCUUCGCUGCCCUGGUAGUAACUGUGGUCACUUACAUAAGGUAUUGCAAGAGAAAGAAAAAGACCAGGCGUCGUGUUAAGAGGUAUCUGAAUUUCUCUUCAAAGAGCUACAUGCCCCGGUGUAAAUAAAAACAACGACAACUGCAUUAUCUCUCCCUUGUAUAAUAUCAAGUAAUGAUGGGAUAAUGUGAUUUUCCUUGUGGACACACCUCCCUUACUGUUAUUUUUCUGUCACCAAUGGGAGGACAGUCCGAUAAGGGGUGAAAUUGAUUCGAUCAGCUUCUUAUUGGAUGAUUCAACGUGUUUCAUCGUGUGAUGAUUUAUCAGUUUUUUGACUAUAAAAACUAGUUGUGGUCUUAAAUUUUGUAAAUAGAGUGAAACCCUGUUAAUAAGAUCCCCGGGCCGGGGGAGGAACGAACCGCUGUGAAGAGUAGAAUUUCCUUGCAGUUUUACCUACGAUAGGGUAUAGAAAUAGGAGGGAUUUUGGUCCAGUAUAGAGUAUCAUUUUUGGGAAAAUGGUCAAUAAGACUCUGAGGAACUAGAGUUUUUGAUCCAUAGAAUGCUUGGGGUACAGGUAAAGAGUUUGGGGCAUAGUCUAGAAUGGGAUACCGAAAUACAGCUGCAAAAAAAUGUUUUAGUACCCCCGGGAUACGACCAUGGUUAGGCCAUGAAAAUUCGUCACUAACGAGGCAGUCUUAGCCACGUGGCAGUAACAGAUUACGAUUAUUAAAACUUUGCUAAACUAUGUCGUGAUGACAAAAAGAGAAUAUCAAAUAAUGAAUAAUUCUUGCCACCAAUCUGUUGGUUAUCAUGCACAUACCACUAAGAAAGCUUUUUCAAGUAAAAGCCUUACGUCGUUAUAUCUUUCUUUCUUUCUUUGUUUAUUUUGUCUUACCAACAACUCGACUGUUUGUUAAGCCGAGUAACCUCUUGAGACUUCAAGUAAAGCUCAUUUCUUUCGUUCGCCAGUAAAAAAUAUUAAAGGUAGCCAUAAUAUAAAUAACAGGGUAGUCGUAUAACUGGCUUCCGUUGUACUAUGUUUGUUAGGACAGUCAACGAUGUAAAGGUCCUUGAGAUUUGCGAAGUACCUCCAAUAAGGACAUCGUUUAUUGAAGAGUUGGGAGAAGGGGCUUUCGGAAAGGUUCACAAAGCUCUGCAUCAAGAUGCCUUGGACUUUUUUAAAUGUCAGCUCGACUCUUCAAGAACGAAAAGGAAACUAUUUGUUGCUGUUAAAGAGCUCCAUGGUGGGUGUGAGUGUUUUUAUAUGAUGCAUUCUUUCAGGUUAGGGCUUUAUUCAAAUACGAACUACGCAUCAAAGCUGGCCUAAAAGGACAAGGUCUUUGCUAAGGUCGAGAAAUUACAAAGGAAAACAUCUCCUCGACUAUGCCUAAGGAGUGUGGAAUAGAAACCCCCAAAAUUUGGCCAGUCUUAAUUUAGAUCUUUUAAUUAAACACAGCUCGCUUCAGUCGCAAUCCGUUCAUAUCUAAGGCUUCAGUACUUUAAGAUUCAGUUAUUACCAACAGCAGACCGACGCCUUUAGGUGGGUAGGUAGGUACGGUAGGUACAGUGGAACCUCGAUGUAACGAAGGGCCAAGGGAAUGGCAAAAUUAGUUCGCGAUAACGAGGUUUCGUUAUUUCGAGGUUCUUUUUCGUAUAUUUUACUAUCACUGGGGUAAAGAAAAUCAGUCGUUCGUUAUACCGAGGACUUCGUUAUAUAGAGGUUCGUUACAUCGAGGUUCCGCUGUAGAUAGGUAGGUAGGAAGGUUUGUUGGUAGGUGGAGAAGGAGGUGGGUGGGUAGGUAAGUAAGUGGAUUAGGUAGUUGGGUAGAUAGAUAAGUAGGAAGGUUGGUUACUUGGUUGGUAGUUGGUGGUUGGUAGUAGGUAGGUGGGUACUGAUAGGUAAGUAGGAAGGCUGUUUGGUUGGUUGUUUGAUAUGGUAGGUAGGUUGGUAGGUUGUUAGGUAGGUAGGUGGGCAAGUUGGUAAGUAGGUUGGUUGGUUGGUUGGUAGGUGGGUAGAUAGGAAAAUAGGAAGGUAGAGGGAGGUAGGUGAGAUAAAGGUUGAGAUAGGUAGUUAUUUAGUUAGUAAGUUAGUUAGUUAGUUAGUUAGUUAGUUAGUUAGUUAGUUAGUUAGUCAGUUAGUUGGGUAGGUAGGCAGGUAGGUAGGUAGGUAGGUAAGUAGAUGGGUUUUUAGGAAACUUAGCUAGUACGGCGUCGGUCUGGCUAGCGGGUGGUUGCAGGCUCGAAUCCCGCCCUGACUACAAAUAAACUAAGGUGACAUGGAAGUGUUUUGAUAAUAUUGAUUCCGACGAAGACUAUUUCUCAACUCAGAUAACUGAGUCAUUGGGCGGUGACUUUAGACUUACCCCUUUGUACUUCAUCCCUGGGAACUAUAAUGACUCCAAUUUUCUACCUAUAAAGUUUAUAAGGAGUAUAGACGUCCAUUGAUAUGGUAUAUAAUUUAUAUCACGUUACUUCAUAUCAUGUAUCAAGGGUUGGUUUGGUUAAAGUUAGGUCACACACAUACUAAGAAUAGCAGCCAGAGGUGCCGUCCUUGCUGACAUCCGAUCUCACUGAAAAUAAUGUGUAAAAUGGACGUUUGUCUUAUCUCAUUUCUUGACUUUGAAGGAAAUUUGCACUUAUUGAUAUGUUAGAUAACGCAACCGAUGAAAGACGACGUGAAUUUCUUGCUGAGAUUGAACUCAUGAAAAAAGUUGAGAAACAUCAAAAUGUUCUGAGCUUCCUCGGCUGUUGGACCACUACCAAGCCACUUCUUUUGAUAACUGAAUAUGUCGCUCAUGGUGAUUUGCGUCAGUGGUUAAUACGGAAAAGAAGUCAGGUACAUAAUAAGCCACCAGCAAACUUAAUUAGUGUCCUCGUGUACAUGGCAUGUUAAUUACAAUACAAUGUGUAGUAGAGAUGAUGUUAAAAAGUCUUAGCUGUUUCUUUUUCUUUCCGAUUCUUUUGACUAUGUGGGUAUUGUGAUAUAUAUGAUAAUGACUGUGAAGCAAGAAACAUUGUAUACCGUAAAUCCUCUGUUUAAGUCCCCUUAAACACCUCUGGGGGGUGGGGACGGCUUAGAGACGGGGAAAUUAUUCAACUUAGCAAAGACGAUGGUAUAAGUUCUCCAUAAAAAACUAGAAUGCAAAGUGGAAACGCUCAAGUUAAGUUUACAGCUGUAAGUACAAAAGUUGGAGUUCAUGCAGCCGAUGUUCAAAAAAAAAACAUUUGAACUUCCAGAUGGUGAAUAAACCCGCCUGGAACAGUCCACAGGAACUUCGACAGUGCUGUCGUGAUUGAUUUAUACAGACUAUCUUUCAUUUUAUUAGUGAAUAAUAAUAGAAAAGGGAGGGGAGGGGGGCUUAAAAAAGAGGUUGGUGCUUAUAUUUACUUCCUUCCCCUGAAAAAGGAAGGCUUAUAAGAGAGGUUGGAGUUGGGGGGGGGGGGUAUUUGAGAGGGGGCGCUUAAUAGAGGAUUUACAGUAGAAAUAAACUAUCAGACAUUGCUUCUCUUAGGAUGAAGUAGUUGAAAAAAAUAAUAAUUAAAAGAAACGUCAAACUUCUUAGAUGAAGGUUUGAGCGAUGGAACUUAGUAUAUUUAACAAUAAUUCUUUGAAAUCGAGGUGAAUGGUGGCUGCAUAUUUACCGAGGGGCGAAGCGGCGAGGUAAAUAUUCCUGAAGCCACUAUUCACCGAGAUUGAAAUAAUAAUAUUUUUACUAUAUACACACGAAGUGAUCUCAACAAAAUCACGGAGGAAACUAUUAAAAAGUACGAUUUGAUUGACGGAUCAAAUCGCGCCUUGAAACAACGAACAGCAGUUUCAAGUCACUAUGACCUUAAGAAGCUAAUAUUGACAAUUUUAUAAACUUGUUCACCUGGUCAGUCAUCUGAAAGUCACCCACAGUAAACUUAUUCUUGUGAAUCAUAUUAACUUAACGUCCCUUAACUUCCUCAUUUUGUUAGAUAUGUGCAAAUAUGGAAACUUCAGGAGACAGAGCUACUUUAACUGCCAUUGAAAGGACGUCAUAUGUUUUCUAUGAUAUGGUAAGCUUUUUCACUUCAAACACUGCAGGUCGAUGCCUGAGCUGCUGUCUCCUCAUGGUAAAGAGACAAAGGGUUUGCUUGUGGCCAGUUGGCCGGGAUUAAUGUUUGACUGUCGGCACAUGCAUUUGUUUCUAUUGCUUCAGUAUUCAUUGUGUUAUCCAUACCAAAGUAUCAGGCCCUCCUUAUGUGAUAAGGGAAAGGAAACAUAAAAAAAGGGAAGGGGAGACUAGGAGGCAGUUUUCUCCCAUUAAAUUCACCCCCCGUUCCCUCCUUCACUUUUUCCUUUACCCCACAAACGCCUGUUGCUCAGGCUGGUGUUACCCUCAUAUAGGCACUAUUUUUUAAACUGCUUGAAAUCAAUUUACGGUGAGACUGUGUCUCUGUAAAUGACUUUUAAAGCAAUCGUCAAAACGUGUCCGCGAGUUUUGACCCAUGCAUGUGUAAAUUACUUAAAUCGCGUCACUUGCAAAUUGCGGUCUCAAACGUCAAGCUUAGGAAACCCACAAGAACACCUUGCGGUCAGUGGUCAAUGAGCCCAAAGUACCAGGAUGUUCUAAUGCAAAUUAGGCCCAUUGGUGCCCAAACAAACGAAAAAAAAUGGACGAAUUCUUAAGAGUACAGUACGCUACAUGAAUGCCAUCUAGGCUUGACCUUGUAAAACCACUGUGCCUAAUUCUACUUGCAAUCGAUUUUAUUGAAGGCUGGUGCUAAGGAUGACCACGAAAUGAUUGUAGUGCACCAAAACAGAGCAUUUUCCACCAGCUUUGAACUAGACAAGCAGUCUGAUUUGGAGGAAGAAGAAGUGCAUGUACCCUAUGAAAUCCUCUCUGAGUCUGAAGAGGAAGGCGAUGUUACAGAUAGUGAAAAAGAUGAUGAAUGUGAUGAGGACUGUGAGUCGUUUUAUCCAUCUGACCUCAUGUCUUUUGCCUGGCAGAUAGCUCGAGGCAUGGUAAGUGGUAGCCUCAGAAAAAAGCCAACUUUUCACCACUCCACCACUGGUUUGCCCGCGAAAUGACGUCUGAGAAACGAGUGCAGAAAUUCCAGACUGAUGACGCGUCACUACCCAGAUCUGGGUAUAUGUAGUGCUUCUGAUUUGUUGAAGCAAAUUUCACGAGCGGCACGACCAAUUAGAAGCACUAUCCAGAUCUGGGUAGUGACGCGUCAUCAGUAUGGAAUUUCUGCGCUCGUUUCUCAGACGACAUUUCGCGGGGAAACCAGUGUUGGCGUCGCGAAAUGUCGCCUGUUUUCUCAGACUACUUGUAGGUAAGUGCUAUUCCAUUACAAAUGGGAAUACUUUUAUGGCACUUUCUCACGUUUUUAUUAAGCUUCAGGAAACUUGAAUUGAAAUAAAUGAAAUGAAUCAUAUUUUGAAGUGCGGAUAAAGAAAAGAAAAGUGAACAUAAUCUUCGUUGUAGAAUGAACAAACCUAAGCGGUUGAAAAAGGAGUCUGUAUAGCACCUUCAAAAUUGAAGUUGAAAAAAACCUUAAAAAAUUCAGGGUUGACCGGGAAUCUAAACCUGACAUUUGCAAUGGCCGGACGCGACACUCUAUCAGUUAAACAAAUCAGGUCAACUGGAGAGAAGCCAUUGUAAGUUCGUAAUAUACCCGAUGGUGGAAAUGAUAUGGAUUGAAAAGUCCGAAAUGAAUCAUAUUUUGAACUGCGGAUAAAGAUACGAAUAUGACCAUGAUCGCAGUAGAAAGAACCGUCGAAAACGUGUCUGUUUUGCCCAUUCAGAAUUUAUCGUCAUUGCAAAGCAACUAACUUGACAAAAAGUCGUUGUUCUUUGUCUUGUUGGCAGGAUUUUCUCUCUCAAAAGGGCCUGGUGCACAGGGACCUGGCAGCGCGAAACGUUUUAGUGGGACAUGGAAAGCUUCUUAAAAUUGCAGACUUCGGAUUGAUGAGGCAGGUUUAUCGCGACAUAUACGAAAUUAAAAACCAAAAGAAACUUCCAAUCAAGUGGAUGGCUCCCGAAUCAAUUUUCGAGCAGGUUUUCACAGUCAAGAGUGAUAUGUAAGUAGAAUAGUUAAGUUAAGUAUAGUUCUCACGUGUUACAUAGAAUUUAAGUUAUACAUCAAAACUGCAUGCAAAAAGGUUAAUAUUACCAUUAUCGAGGAAACUGAUGAAGCAGGAGAAUUGAAAGUUUCAAUCUUGGAAAUAACAUUAAACGUUGAGAAAAAUGGCGUUAUGUCUAAUUUUGAAUUAAACAUAUUUAAAGCACUCAAGAUUAUAAGAACUAGUCCCCCCCUAAAAAAAAAAAGUCAAAUAAGGGUAGUGAGGUAGGGAAAGCGUUCAUUGCGAUGCCAAAUCCGCGAGAUCGUUUCCUUCCAGGAAGAAAGCGCAAAAUACUCAACACAUUUUUAAGAUUGUAGUUGUUAAAAUUCCUCGUAUUUCCGUCUUCCGAUCAUUUACGUAUUUUUUAUUUCUUAGUUGGUCCUUCGGAAUUGUCUUGUGGGAAGUUGCAACUAUUGGUAUGUAUUAACUUAAGUUUCUUACGGCUACUGAAGAAAGAUUUUUCUUAGCAUUUGGCCUCAAGUGUUCGACUUUUGCAGUGAAGAAGGUGCUCACUCGAAACCAUGCAUAAAAGAAACUGGGAUAUUGUUAAACUGCGUACAAGACGCAAGCAUCUCAAGCAGGUAUCCUACUGAUGAACAGUUGCGACUUACUGAUAUGUCAAGCAACAACAAUUUGCCGUCUGCCCCCUUUGAUAAGUCUAAGUGCAUUUUGAAUAACAACCAAUUAUAAGGAAGAGGUGGUAAAAUCAUUCUGUUUUUAAACAUCGAUCAGAGAAAUUCUGUUUUGGCGGAUCUCGCAAAUUAUCUUAUUCCAGCCGCUCAUUAACCUUCUAGGUGGCACACCUUAUCCAUUAUUGAGUAACGCGGAACUGGUGAGGCUUCUGAGAUCUGGUUACAGAAUGGAGAAACCUGAUUUGUGUUCUGAUGAUGUGUAA